CUGUCGUACUGCCUGACCGUCAUCUCCGCUUCUGCUUUUCUUCUUCUUCUUCUUCUUCUUCUUCUUCUUCUUCUUCUUCUUCUUCUUCUUCCUCCUUCUUAUCGCUCAAAAUCAGACCCUCCAACAGUCCAACUCAAACACUCACCUCUACCUUUGUCGCCCGGUGGAACCCACGAGACUAUGACCCCUCCACGUCCAUAACGAGUACAGUACAACCAUCCAUCGCAUACUCCACUCCACUAUUUACUCCGUCCGCACCGCACCGCAACCACCACCACCACCACCACCACCACCACUACAACCACCAUAAACAACCCCCAAACCUCACCACCAACCUCACCACCACACCCCCCAAAAAAUGCCACCCACCCACCUUCCCCCCCGAAUACCUCACCAACCCAUCACCACCACCAUCCAAAAAACCCACCCCCGUACCGCGCCCCGCGAAUUCACCACCCUCCCCUCCACCUACAACUACACCCCGCACCUGGCACCGGGCACAAUCGUCGGCAUCGUGCUAGGCAGCGUCCUCGGCUUCCUCCUCCUCCUCUACCUCCUCUACCUGGCCCUCACCUCCGGCCGGAAAUUCGCCCCCUCAACCACCCACGGCGGGGACGGGACCGGCACGAUCCUCACCGGCAGCAGCACGACGACGUCCUCGCCGUCGUCGCACUCGGAGAUCAUCGAGGAAGGGUACCACCUCCCGCCGCCGGGGCAUGGGCGGCUCCACGCGCCGCACUCCAAACAUCAUCAGCGGAAUCGUCCACCCCCGCUUGCUCCCGAGAUGGUCGAGGCGAGUGUGGUGUCCAGUGAGCGGUCGGAUGUGGUCACGGUCAUGGAGGAGCAUUCAAGCGUCGAGGGCCAGGGGCGAAAGCCCCGGAGGCCGGGGAAGGGCGGGUAUCGGGCGGUGGAUUUGGAUGCGGUGGAGGGGUUGUCGGUUGAUGGGAGUUUGAGGUCGUAGGGUUGGGAUUGGGGGUUGGGUCUGGGAUGGA